GGAGGUCCAGGACUGAGGCCCCGCCUCAGUUUACCCGGCGGCGUCCGGCCCGCCCGGCCGAAGGCGUCUCCGCCGACCCCCCGACCCGCGCCACGGGCCUUUCCGAUGGGCCCGAGUAAGCCCCUCCGCUCGCCGCACUGCUCGGCACGUGGGGAGCCGUGCGCCGGAGGACGCUCGAGGUCACGGGUGCCGGAAGGACUGGCGGGGCCCCCCGUCGGCAGCGAGUCGCGGCAGGAACGGUUUACUGCAACCCCGGCGUUGGCCGGCAGCGGCCGGAGCGGGAGGGCGUGUAGGAGGGAGGCGGAAGGAGGCGAAUCCGAAGGCGGCCCGUGGCCCUCGAGGGAUCCGGAAGCCCAGAGGUCCGUUUGGCGUUUCCCGCCGCCCCCGGAGGGUGGAAAGAGAACCCCAAAGAUGUAGGAAGGCCCACCUCGGCCGCGCCUCUGACAUGGCCCCCGGGGGGCUCCCGGCCGUCCUCCCGCUGCUGGGCUUCCUGCUGCUCCGGGGCCGGGCCUGCCCCGCCGCCUGCCGCUGCUACAGCACCACCGUGGAGUGCGGCUCUCUGGGCCUCCGCGACGUCCCCGCCGGCAUCCAGCCUUCCACCCAGACGGCGUUCCUGCAGGACAACGGCAUCCGGCGGAUCGAGCGGCGGGACCUGGAGCGCCUGCCGGCCCUGCGCUACCUGUACGUCCAGAACAACAGCAUCUCGGCCCUGGAGCCCGGGGCCUUCCGCGGCCAGCGGCGCCUGCUGGAGCUGGCCCUCGACGCCAACCGCAUCCACCUCGUCGACGGCGGCGUCUUCAAGGGCCUGGACCGCCUGCGGGUGCUCUACCUGGCCGGGAACCGCAUCACCCGGCUCCCGGACUUCACCUUCCGUCACCUCCGGAGGCUGCAGGAGCUGCACCUGGAGAAGAACGGGAUCGAGAUGGUGGAGGAGCAGGCGAUGGCCGGGCUCACGUCCCUGGCCCUGCUCGACCUGAGCAAGAACCACCUGCGCACCAUCAGCCGGGCUGCCCUGCGUCCCCUGGCCAGCCUGCAGGUCCUGCGGCUCGCAGAGAACCCGUGGCGAUGCGACUGCGCUCUCCACUGGCUCAGCGGCUGGAUCAGGGAGGAAGGCCGGCGGCUGCUCGGCCCCCUGGACGAGAAGAUGGUGUGCGCGGAGCCCCCCCGCCUGGCCCGGCGGAGCCUGCUGGACGUCUCGGCCAACAGCCUCAUCUGCAUCCCCCCGUGGUGCAGGUGGAGCCGCCGGAGGCGGCCGCCCGCUAGGGGACGACCUGAGGUCUCCUGCCGGGCCUCCGGCUACCCGCAGCCGCUGGUCACCUGGAGGAAGGUGGCGGCCCCCUCCCGGGCCGGGGAGCCCGGGCCGAGCGCCCGGCCGGCGAGCCGGGCCCCGGGGCCCGGCGGGCGGGGCGCCGGGGAGCGCGUGGACUCGGACACGGGCAGCGGCAUGCUGUCCCUCACCAACGUCACGGUGGCCCACGCCGGCAGGUACGAGUGCGAGGCCUCCAACCCCGGGGGCGCCGCCCGGGUCCCCUUCCUCCUGCUGGUCGACCUGUCCCGCCAGCGGCCCCCGGGGCCCCUCCCGGCCUCGGCGGCCGGCGGCCGGGGGGGCCCGUACCAGGCGGGGAGCCUGGACUUCGCGCCUGGGCCGGCCGCCCGGACGGCCGUGGCCGUGGGCAUCUCCCUGCUGGCGCUCACCGCCCUGCUGCUGGUGGCCGGGAUCUGCCGCAAGCACCGCAGGCGGAGAGAGGCCCAGAGGGAGGAGAGCGUGCUCUACGUCAACGACUACUCGGACGGCCCCACCACCUUCGCCCAGCUGGAGGAGUACCGGGACGAGCGGGGCCACGAGAUGUUCGUCAUCGACCGCGACAAGCCCCUCUCCGCCGCCCUCGAGGACGCCGGGGGGGGCCCCGGCGCCCGCUGCCCGGACCCGGACCCGCGGCGGGACCGGGCCGCGGCGGGGGAGGCCGGCCGGCCCUUCCCCAUCCGGGGGCUCCCCUUCCGGCCGCGGAUCGCCUACGAGAUCCGCUGCUGAGGCGUCGGGGGCCCCGCGCGGAGGCCCGUCCGCUCCCCCGCCGUCCGCCUCCCCGCCCCGUCUCCCCGGUUUUCCGUUUUCCGGCGGGGAUCGC